UAGGUGGCUUGGCUAAACGGUUUGGCUUGAAACCUGAACAGUUUGCUGAAAAUCUUAGGGAUAAUUAUCAGCGUCAUGAUGUUGAACAGGAGCCAUCCUUACCUCUUGAAUUGGCUAAAGAGUUUGUUUCAUCGAAAUUUCAAGCACCAGAAGAUGUUUUGAAAGCUGCAAAGUUUAUGGUUGCGACACAACUGAGCAGGGAACCUCUUGUUCGGCGUUGUAUGCGGGAUACGUUUUUUGAAAAAGCAAAAAUUGAUGUUAAACCUACCAAGAAAGGAUCAAAGGAAGUUGAUGAAAAUCAUCCUUGUUACGUUAUGAAAUAUGUCAAAGGAAAACCGGUGAGAGAUUUAACUGCUGACCAAUAUUUGAAACUGCAUAUUGCCCAUCAAGAUAAACUUUUAAAUGUUUCUAUUAGUGAUCAUAUUGGAGGCCAUACAACAACUUCCUAUAUUGAGGAAAUUAAGCAACUCUACUACCGAGAUGAGUUCAUGCAGCAUGUACAAGAGUGGAAUAAUAUUCGUCAAGAAUGUGUUGACGUAGCGAUUAAGAAGAUGUUAGUCCCAGAACUGAUAAAAGAACUCCAUACUCGUCUCCUUGAAGAAGCUAAAGAAUUUGUUCUGAGAUCAUGUGCCAGAAAAGUUUACAAUUGGAUUAAGGUGGCUCCAUUUAAUGUUGAAUUCGGAGAUGAUGAUGAAGAUGACUGGGAUACAAGCAAGGGUAUUCGUGUCAUGGGAAUCGCUUAUGUACCUGAUUUAGCUCAGGCCUCUUUUGCCUGCAUGGUGGCUCCUGAUGGUGAAUGUACUGAUUUUCUUAGGCUACCCUAUCUUUUAAAAAGAAAAAAUACUUGGCGAGAAGAUGAAAGAAUGCAAAAGGAAUCAGAUUUGGCUCUGAUACGUAAUUUUAUACUAACAAAAAAACCUCAUGCUGUUGUCAUUGGAGGAGAAUCAAGAGAUGCUCUUAUGGUAGCAGCAGAUCUUAGAGAAAUAAUAUCCAAUUUGGUUGAAGAUGAACAAUUUCCUCAAAUCCCGGUUGAAAUCAUGGAUAAUGAUUUAGCAAAAGUUUAUGCCAACUCAUUGAAAGGAGAGAGUGAUUUCCGAGAUUAUCCAAUGUUAUUAAGACAAGCUGUGUCCCUUGCCCGAAGACUGCAAGAUCCGUUAGUGGAGUUUUCUCAGCUAUGUACUCCAGAUGACGAAAUUCUUUGCCUUAGAUUUCAUCCCUUACAAGAACAACUUUCUAAAGAAGAGCUUCUUGAUGUUGUCACAUUAGAAUUUGUUAAUCGAACGAAUGAAGUUGGUGUUGAUAUAAAUGAAGUUGUAGCAAAUCCAAUUUGUGGGAACUUGGUUCAGUUUGUUUGUGGUCUGGGUCCAAGAAAAGGAACUACGCUUAUCAAAAUUUUGAAGCAGACCAAUCAGCGUCUUGAAAACAGGACUCAACUUGUUACAACGUGUCAUAUGGGACCUAAAGUUUUUAUUAACUGUGCAGGAUUCAUCAAAAUUGAUACCAAUGCUCUUGGAGACAGUACUGAAGCUUAUGUAGAGGUAUUAGAUGGUUCUCGUGUCCACCCUGAAACUUAUGAAUGGGCUCGUAAGAUGGCUGUAGAUGCUCUUGAAUAUGAUGAUGAAGAUGCUAAUCCUGCUGGUGCUCUGGAAGAGAUUCUGGAAAAACCUGAAAAGCUAAAAGAUUUAGAUCUGGAUGCUUUUGCUGAGGAAUUGGAAAGACAGAGUUUUGGAAACAAGAGCAUUACUCUCUACGACAUAAGAUCAGAAUUAAACCACAGAUACAAAGACCUGAGGGUUGCUUACCAAUCUCCUGGGCCUGAGUUGAUGUUUGAUAUGCUUACUAAAGAAACCCCUGAAACAUUCUACAUAGGAAAACUUGUCACCGCAACAGUUAUUGGUAUUUCUCAUAGAAAACCCGAAAAAGAUCAGCUAGAUCAAGCCAAUCCGGUACGAAAUGAUGAAACAGGAUUGUGGCAAUGCCCAUUUUGUCUGAAAAAUGAUUUUCCUGAAUUAUCUGAGGUUUGGAAUCAUUUUGAUGCUGGAGGUUGCCCUGGACAAGCUACAGGUGUUAGAAUACGAUUAGAUAAUGGGAUAACUGGCUAUAUUCACAUUAAGAAUUUGUCUGAUAAACAUGUCACUGAUCCUGCUCAGAGAGUUACACGUGGUCAAAUGAUACAUUGCAGAGUAACCAAAAUAGAGGUAGAGAGGUUUUCAAUUGAAGCUACUUCAAAAUCUUCUGAUCUGUUAGAUAAAAAUCAUGAUUGGAGGCCUCAAAAGGAUCCUUAUUACGAUCAUGAAAAUGAAAAGAAAGAUUUACAUACAGAAGAAGAGGCGAAGAAAAACAGGCAAAAAUUGACUUAUAUUAAAAGAGUUAUUGUUCACCCUGCCUUUCAUAAUAUUUCCUAUAUUGAAGCAGAAAAAAUUAUGGCUACAAUGGAACAGGGUGAUGUCAUUGUGAGGCCUUCGAGCAAGGGUGCUGAUCAUCUAACUGUUACUUGGAAAGUUGCGGAUGGCAUUUAUCAACAUAUAGACGUUAGGGAAGAAGGGAAAGAGAAUGCUUUCUCAUUGGGUCAGUCGUUGUGGAUCGGCAAUGAGGAGUUUGAAGAUUUAGAUGAAAUAAUAGCUAGGCAUGUUAAUCCAAUGGCAGCCUAUGUCAGAGAUAUGUUUGCCUUCAAGUAUUUAAAAGAUACUGAAGGAGGACUCAAGGAUAAAGCUGAAGAAUACUUAAAAGAAGAAAAGAAAAAGAAUCCAGCAAAAAUACACUACAUUGUUUCUGUAUCCAAGAAUUAUCCUGGUAAGUUUCUACUUUCCUACCUGCCAAGAGCUAGGUGUAAACACGAGUAUAUUAGCAUAACACCUAAUGGAUUCAGGUUUAGAGGACAGUUUUUUGAAUCUGUGAAUUCAUUGUUCAAAUGGUUUAAAGAACACUUCUCGGAUCCCAUACCCGGCACACCCAGUACCCCUAGAUCUGCAAUGUCAGCACGUACUCCUUAUACAAAUACUCCUGGGCCAAUGCCAAUAAAUAUGAAUGCUGAAGCAAUACAGCGUGUAGCUCAGAAUAUGCCAAAUCAUAUGCUCCAUAGUCUUUCACAAGUUGCCAGUCAUACUCCCCACUACCCUCAUACUCCUGGAGCAUAUUCUCUACAUCAGUAUCCAGCCACUCCAUACACUCCGUCCGGCCAAACUCCUUUCAUGACUCCAUAUACCACUCCAAGGUACGGUAGUGGUAUGACGCCUGGUCACCAGAGCAUCAUGUCUUCUGGUUCUAUAACAUCACCUCAAAGUUCAACACCAGGCCAACCUGUUUUCCUCCACCCUGGCUCAAUUACUCCUUCCCAUAGGACUCCUGUAGCUAAUUUUCAUAGACCUGGUGGUACUCAUCCAGAAGAUUGGGGUAAGAAAGCAGAAGAAUGGGUUGCAAAGAAAAGAGAAAAUGCUAGUAGAACACCUAGGUCUACUCCAAAUUCUGGCACCCCACGCCAUGGGACGCCGCGAGAUGAUGCCAACAAGAAUCGAACACCCAGGUAUGCUGAUAAUGAUUUCACCUCUCCACGCCCUGGUGCAAAUUUCACUUCCCCGAGAUAUUCCAAUUGGAACAAAGUUGCUGGCACUCCUAAUUCACAUAUAUCUGCUUAUGAAGAUGCCAACUAUGAUGCCAGAAGCCUCAAAUCUCCACGUCCUCCUCCUGCACAGGGAAAGUAUGACCCAUACGAACUCGGUCAAGGAAAAUCACCUCGGUAUUCACUUACUCCUCGUUCCACACCUCGUACCAUCAAUUCACCUCGUUCUAUGUCACUUGGUGAUUCGACUCCACUCUAUGACGAGAGCAUCUAGCCCAGUUAUUGUGUUUUUUAUAAUUUUUUCCACAACUGGACCAUGACCUCUCAUCAUUGGUCAAUGUUGCUCAUAACAUGUUCAUAUAUUUUAUAAUAGAUGUUUUUAAAAAAUACUUCCUAGAUUUUUGAUAUUUUAAAAAUUAUUUAUAUUAAUUGUGUUAUUUAGUGCAUAUUAUUUAUGUAUACUACUAUAUUGUGAAAUUCCAAGUUUUUAACAGUUACAAAUAUAAUAAAACAAAUUGUAACUGCUCUUUUAUUAAUGGAUGUACAAUAUAUGAGAGUUGAAGUAUCAAAAAAACUCCUAUAAUCCAUAUUUUAAGUAUAUUUAUUGUAAUUGGAGGAUAUAAAUAUUUUUUUUUUUUUAUAUUUUAUGAGUCCUAAAACCUUCAAUUUUAUUAUUUCAUCAAUGUACCUCUUUAUUAUUUAUUAGCCCAGAAAAAAAUAAGUAAAUAAUUAAAAAAAAUAUUGGUUGGGUUAAAUUUAAUGUAUAACCUGCUUAGAGACUGUAUAUAUAUAUUUAUAUAUUUCAUUAAAAAUAAUGCAUAAAAGGCUGCUAAAGGACUUAAUUUUUUCUAAUGGAAGUUCUUUCUGUGAUGUUCUAACUAUUUCAUAUAUGCUCGCUCAGACAUCUCAUUUAAAAGUCAUUUCAUGUUUUUAGAAUGGAAUAAUAUUUUUAACUUUUUUUCUUUAAAGAAAUUUUAUAUCACUCUACCCUCUCCACCACCCCUAUUCCCAAAAGGAAGUUUUUGAUUUUUUCUGUAAUGAAAAAUUUGCUUUUUUUUUAUUUAAACAAUUUUUAUCAAUCCCGAUGGUUUGAAGAGCAGUUCUGACUUUAUAAUCUUAAAAGCAAUAUUUAUUGUUACUAUUUUAAAUAAUUUCCAAAAAUGUGCAUUUUUGUUACCUUAAUUAUAGUAUCGCAUAGCACACAAAUGUGUGGAUUAAAUGAUUAAUAUUAAGACAGCUUUUUGAUGUCUGAAAAUGUUCCAAAGUUGUUUUUAUUUAGUGUAUUUUUCAAUUUAUUGAUUAUAAUGUGAAUAAUAUAAUCUAGUAUAGUAUUCAGAAAUUUUUUAUUGUAAACCACAUCUUGGAAAAGUGUUUCGGUUGAAUUGAUUCUGCUAAGUGAUAGAGUUCCGGAAAUUCGAAGUGAAUGAAAUUGAAAUGAGAGCCCUUGCCAUUUGAGGACUGAAACAUUUAAGAGCUGUGACAUGAUAUUACGAUCAUAGUAAAGCUAAAUUAUGGCGUUUGAUGUUAUCGGAAAUUACAUUAGGAAAGUAAAAAGUCUGUAUUUCAAUUUUUUUUUCUUAACUCACUAAAUGUAUCAUCUUUUUUCCCCUCAUUAUCUCAGUAUAACCAAUCUGCCUCAACAGACCCCUCAAUGUCUAUAACUGGUAUAGUAUCAUCAUCAUUCUGAUGCUUAACCAUUUCAUCAUAAUUUUGUUUUCUAGUUGCAUAUAAAGCAGCUAAUAUUCUUUUUAAAUUCAUAUUAUGGCUGGAGUGGUAUUUAUAAUCCUACAAUAUUUUAGAACAUAAAUGUCUUAUUACAGUUUCUUUUCAUUGUCUAUAACCUUUUCUUGCUGUAACAAUAUAACUAAGAAUUACCGGUACUUUAUUGUUAUCUUUUUAUAGAGACAGCUAUAUCAUUACAUAUAAAAAAUAAUGCUAAUGGUAUAGCUAAUUUAAAUUCUUAAAUUUACUUUUCACAGAAUGUUGAAAAAUAUUGUUAUAAUUCUUUUGAAAAUCCAAAUAAAUCAAAAUCAUUUCUCAAAACAGAAUAUUGCAGCAUCAAAUUUUCGUACUUUGUGAUCCUUAAAUUUAUUUUUGUUUUGAUUGACGGUGGAUAUGUUUCUAGUUAAUAAAUAAAUUAUUAAUGAAAUAUGUUUCUCAAUUAUUGUCAUAUAUUGCCUUAAUUCUUAUGAAUAAAAAAUUUAUUAUUCGCUAGUACUUAUCUUUUUCUUAUUUUUUUUUAAAUUAUUCAAAUUUGUUGAAUGGUAUUUUUUUUUUUUUUUUUUACUCAAGGAUAUAUUUUCUGUAAUAUUAAGACUGAAUAAAUUUUUAAUUUUU